CGCCCACCGCCCCGGAAGCGGGACGCGGCGAGCGGCGGGGUUACCAGGGGAACCGAACCGCUGCGUCUCCUCAGGUGAAAACAUCCUUGGGGAUUAUUGCGAAAGGGAAGACUUUGGGGCUGGGUUCAGGCCAGUUGCCCUUCCCUUGGUUGAUAUUCGGGCAAGGUGUACACAUCUGGCCUGAACUGAGUUCCCAUCUCAACUCUCCGCAUCACCAUCAUGUCAAGCUGCCUCUUCCUCCUGAAAGCACUUCUUGCUCUUCCGUCCAUGGCAUCCUGGGUGACUGCAGGAGAACAUGAGUCCCAAUAAAGACAAUGGGAAGAGCCGGGCUUGAGCACCUCUGGGCCCCAGUGCUGUGAUUCUAUGGCAGAGUUUGGCGGUGAAUGUCCUACUGACCCCCUACCGUGUGAAGAGCUGUGUGAUGGGGAUGCGUCCUGUCCCCAGGGACAUAAAUGCUGCAGUACUGGCUGUGGCCACGCCUGCCGUGGAGACAUUAAGGGAGGGCGGGGCGGUGACUGUCCCAACAUUUUGGUGGGCCCGUGCAUCGUUAGCUGCUGGGUAGACGAGAACUGCCAAGCCGGGGAAAAGUGCUGCAAGUCAGGCUGCUCCCGCUUCUGUGUCCUGUCAGUCCUGCUGACCCAGCUGGCCCCGAACCCCAACGGGACCGUCAGGUCUGAUUCUGAAUUUGAGAUCCCGGUGCCCUAGCUGUCCUGGUGUCCUGGGGGCUCGUCCGAGCAGCCGGGAAAAAAUGAUAUCCUGGAGCUUUGGACACUUCCAGAGACUUGCCUGGCCCUCUCUUCUCUGUUUCUGCUCCUGCUGCUGCCCUGAGCAUAGGAAACACAGCCCCGGGCUUGGGCAGUGGGUGUGCAGUGGUGCUUUUCCCCAAUAAAGGCUCGUGCUGAUC